GAAAUAGAAUUUGAGUCAAAUACAAACACCUUUGCGUCAUCAUAAAAAAAGUCUCAAAUCGUGGGCAGGGCGAUUUGGCCUUUGUCAAAUCGUCAGCCUUCGUUCUCUUUCGCUCCCCGACACAAUCUGUUGGUUUAGUUGAACAACUGUUCGAUUCCUCAAUUAAAAAAGUUUCUGGGUAUUGUCUUUUCCUUUGAAGAAUCUUGAAAAAAGUUCCAGAUCUAUUAUAUACAUAUACACAUUGGAAUCGCACUGUUGCAAUUACAAAAUUCUAGGGUUUUGAAUUUGGGUUCUCUUUCUGGGCUUCUAUCGUUGAGCUGGAUAGUUAUUCUGUUGAAAAUGGAGAUUUGUAACGGCGGGAUCCAAAAUGGCUGCCUUUUGGCUUCCUCUCCCAAGCGUGAGAAGCUCAUUAUCGACACAGACCCAGGGAUCGAUGAUAGCAUGGCGAUUUUGAUGGCUUUUCAAACACCGGUGCUCGAGGUGUUAGGGCUCACCACCAUAUUUGGUAAUGUUUCAACACAAGAUGCCACUCGUAAUGCCUUACUCCUGUGUGAGAUUGCAGGUUUUCCUGAGGUUCCUGUUGCAGAAGGAAGUUCUGGACCCUUAAAGGGUGGAAUUCCCCGUGUUGCGGACUUUGUGCACGGUUCAAACGGACUAGGAAACAUAUCUCUUCCUCUUCCGAGUGCAAAGAAAUGUGAGAAAAGCGCAUCCGAGUUUCUAGUUGAGAAGGUUUCUGAAUAUCCCGGUGAGGUUACCGUUCUUGCCCUCGGACCAUUGACCAACUUAGCUUUGGCCAUCAAACGAGAUGGUUCCUUUGCGAGCAAAGUGAAGAAAAUUGUCAUUCUCGGUGGAGCCUUCUUUGCUUUGGGGAACGUUAAUCCUGCAGCCGAGGCAAAUAUAUAUGGUGACCCGGAAGCAGCGGAUAUCGUGUUCACCUCAGGGGCGGAUAUCACUGUUGUUGGGAUAAACAUCACUACACAAGUCAAACUAACAGAUGAUGAUCUUCUGAAACUGAGACACUCGAAGGGGAAACACGCCCAGUUAUUAAGCGACAUGUGUAAAUUCUACCGAGACUGGCAUGUUAAAUCCGAUGGUAUCUAUGGAAUAUUCCUCCAUGACCCAGUAAGCUUUGUGGCAGUGGUAAGGCCGGAUCUCUUCACGUACAAGAAAGGCGUUGUUCGGGUGGAGACGCAGGGAAUUUGCGUCGGCCAUACCCUCAUGGAUCAAGGCCUCAAGAACUGGGUCGGAACAAACCCGUGGACCGGUUAUUCCCCGAUAUCGGUCGCUUGGACGGUGAAUGUGGAUGAAAUAUUGAAAUACAUCAAAGAAGUUCUGAUGAAGGCAUGAAGAGGAUGAAUGGAGGAUGAAGAAUUUCGGGCUUUAUUCCUUUUGUCACAUGAGAAUGUGAAGAUGAAAAUUACGCGAAAUCAUUCGAUCGAUCAUUUUAUCUUUCUCCGGUUAUCUCCGGUUGUCCACGGGAAGAUAAACGGCUUGGAGUUGGAACUGUACAAAAUGUUUAUUUGGAAAAGAAAAAUGAAAAACUAUGGCUUUUAUUAUGUUUA